AUGAAUGUUACAGUACCAGCAGCAUUGACCAAGGCGGCGCAAUGGGCCGCCGCCAAUCCGGGAAAGACGCUAGCGAUGGGUGGCGGGGCAGCUUUGGUCGCUGUACCGAUGAUGGCGGCGGCUCCUGUGAUAGGGGCGGCGGGAUUCGGUGUGAAUGGAAUCAUCGGCGGAUCCCUCGCCGCGAGCGCACAAAGCGGUAUCGGCAGUGUCCUCGCCCCAUCACUGUUCGCCACGCUGCAGAGCGCUGGCGCUGGCGGGUACGGUGUUGCCGCGGUCUCAGCGGCAGUCCAGGGUGCAGGUGCUCUUGUUGCAGGGUCUGCUGGAGCUAUGUCCGUGUUGCAGAAGAAGGGGAAGAAAGCCGAAGAUGAUGCAGCUGUCGAAGAGAAGGAAGGCGACCAAACUGAUGAAGAUAUCACAGCGGAGUCUACUCCGAACCUUUGA